AAUUGGCUGAGCGGUUAGUCCAUCACAGGAUUACACGUUCCAGGGUAGGUUGGCACGGGCGCCGUAGCUAGACCUAGGAGGCUGCAGCUAAAACGCCCAGUUGAAUCCGCAACUAAUACGUUUGGGGUGUUUUUCUUCCUACCCUUCGCACUCUAAAGUGUGACUGUGUCAUGAGGAAUGCACAGGUUUGCAGCGAAUCUUUUGACAGCCAGUCAUUUCUUCUUGCAGCACUUUUCGCGGGUUUGAAAAAAUGGAUUAGUACCGCACGAGUCUAAUUCCUGGAUGCGAUUUGUAGAAGUUUGAAAAAUAACGUCAGCGUGCUUGAUCUAACGUUGGUUUGCUGGAUUUUAAAAACUGCUGCAACGUGAUAGGAACACUGGCAAACAUUUUCUAGAAGUGAGAAGCUAGCUGAGCUAAAGACACUGUGGACUGAGAGCUAUCAAGCUGUAUGUAUAUUUUCUUAAGCUUCCUCCUCCUGCUAAUUGGAUUGUACUUCACCAGUCAAAGAUUUCUUCGCAGUCCUGCUCCGGCUGCUGUGGAGGUGGACCGGGACGAAAGAUGGGACUACCCGCUCUGGAAUUCAGCGACUGCUAUCUGGACAGUCCGCAGUUCCGGGAUAGAUUGAAAUCUCACGAGCUGGAACUGGAGAAGACUAACAAGUUCAUCAAGGAGCUGAUCAAGGAUGGGAAGGCGCUCAUACAGGCACUGAAAAACCUGUCCUCGGCCAAGAGGAAGUUCGCAGAGUCCCUGAACGAAUUCAAGUUCCAGUGCAUCGGGGAUGCUGAGACGGAUGAUGAGAUAUGCAUCGCGAGGUCGCUGCAGGAGUUUGCGGGCGUUUUACGGAACCUGGAGGACGAGAGAACUCGCAUGAUCGAAAACGCAGGCGAUGUCCUGAUCACCCCCCUGGAGAGGUUCCGGAAGGAGCAGAUCAGCGCUGCCAAGGAGGCCAAAAAGAAGUACGACAAGGAGACGGAGAAGUACUGCGGGGUCCUGGAGAAGCACUUAAGCCUGUCCUCCAAGAAGAAAGAGGCGCACCUUCAAGAGGCGGACAGCCAGGUGGACCACGUCCGCCAGCACUUCUACGAGGUCUCGCUGGAGUACGUCUUCAAGGUGCAGGAGGUCCAGGAGCGCAAGAUGUUUGAGUUUGUCGAGCCGCUGCUGGCGUUCCUCCAGGGGCUGUUCACGUACUACCACCACGGGUACGAGCUGGCCAAGGACUUCAACCACUUCAAGACCGAUCUGACCAUCAGCAUCCAGAACACGCGGAACCGCUUUGAGAGCACGCGCUCGGAGGUGGAGUGUCUGAUGAAGAAGAUGAAGGAGAAUCCUCACGAGCACAAGAGCGUGAACCCCAGCACCAUGGAGGGGUACCUGUUUGUGCAGGAGAAGCGGUCCUUUGUGUCCUCCUGGGUGAAGUACUACUGCACGUACCACCGCGAGCCCAAACGGGUCACCAUGGUGCUGUUCGACCAGAAGUCCGGAGGCAAAGUCGGUGACGAAGACUCCUUCACACUCAAAUCCUGCACACGGAGGAAGACGGACUCCAUCGAGAAGAGGUUCUGCUUCGACGUGGAAGCCGUGGACCGGGCGGGCGUGAUCACCAUGCAGGCUCUCUCUGAAGAGGACCGCAGGCUGUGGAUGGAGGCCAUGGAUGGGAGAGAGCCGGUCUAUAACUCAAACCGAGACAGCCAAAGUGAAGGAAUGGCUCAGCUGGACGUCCUCGGCUUCAACGUCAUCAAGAAGUUCAUCCAUGCCGUGGAGACCAGAGGUAUCGACGAGCAGGGUCUCUACCGGAUCGUGGGCGUGAACUCCAGAGUUCAGAAGCUCCUCGGCCUGGCGAUGGACCCCAAAACCUGCGCGGACGUGGAGCUGGACGGCUCUGAGUGGGAGAUAAAGACCAUCACCAGUGCGCUCAAAUACUAUCUCAGGAUGCUGCCCGCACCCCUCAUGACCUACCAGUUCCAGCGGAGCUUCAUCAAAGCUGCCAAACUGGACAAUCCGGAGGCCCGAAUCGCGGAGGUCCACAACAUCGUCCACCGGCUGCCCGAGAAGAACAGGCAGAUGCUGGAUUUACUCAUGAAACACCUGGCAAACGUGGCCAGCCACCACCAGCAGAACCUGAUGACCGUGGCCAACCUGGGCGUGGUCUUCGGCCCCACCCUGCUGCGGUCGCAGGAGGAGACGGUGGCCGCCAUCAUGGACAUCAAGUUCCAGAACAUCGUCAUCGAGAUCCUGAUCGAGAACCACGAGAGGAUCUUCAAGGACCCGCCCUCCAACUCCCAGAACCACCCCCUCCGCAGACGCAGCACGGAGACCAAGCCCCCCUCCUGCAGCGAGAGGCCCCUCACCUUCUUCCACACGCCCCCGCCCGCUGAGAAAGCGAAGCGGAGCAGCCUGGCUCUGAACUCCAGUGUGGACUCGGUCCUCACCCACGGCUCAGUCAACUCCAACAGCACCCAGGGCCGGGCCCACCAGAACAGCCUGACGGGCAGCGAGCCGGACCUGGACGGGGCCCCGGUGGGGAAACAGCCCCGGCCAAACUCCCUGCUGAGCCCGAAGAGCCGACCCAGCGUUCCCACCAGCCCGGCCUCCCCGAGCCCCACCUCGCCGCGUUCCCCCUCCUGGCCGAUGUUCUCCGCACCCUCCAGUCCCCAGCCAGCCUCCUCCACCUCCAGCGACUCCUCCCCCUUAAGCCCCCCCUUCCGGAAAGCGCGGGCCCUCUAUGCCUGCAAGGCCGAGCACGAGUCCGAGCUGUCCUUCAUCGCCGGGACCAUCUUUGAGAACGUGCACCCCUCCCGCGAACCCGGCUGGCUGGAAGGCACUCUGGACGGGAGGACCGGGCUGAUACCAGAGAACUAUGUGGAAUUUGUGUGACCCCUGAGGUCAGGGGUCAGGGGUCACUGACCCCUUCCCGAUCGCCCUGCGCAAGAAAGCCCCCUGGAGGGGCUGCAGAUUGACUGGGGAGCAGAGAGAGAGAGUGUGUGUGUGUGUGUGUGUGUGUGUGUGUGUGCGUGCGUGUG